AUGAAUACAAAAUCCGAUAAUUGUGGGAUUGGCAGAUGUCAACCAAAAAGUCUCCAGUUUUGUGCGACCAUUGUUUGUUUUACGGGUAUCUACAGUUUAUCCAGUUUGACAACAUCAACCCUGUCAAUUUAUAUAAGUUCGCAGAUAACAACACUCGAAAAACAGUUUGGCUUCAAUAGUUCACAGAGUGGAUUUUUGUUAAGUUGUAAUGACAUCGGUUUCUUAUUGUUGACACUUUUUGUUAGCUAUAGAGCAACAACUGCUCAUAUCCCACGCACACUAGGUAUAUCAACCGUACUUUAUGGAUUUGCCGGCAUUUUGUGUUCCUGUGCAUAUUUUCUUAUGCCGAGCCAAGAUAGUGGAACAAAAACAACAAAUGAAACAAAUUUUGAGCCAACAGAUUCUUUGCAGUUGUGCAAUCUUAAGAAUUUAUCGUCAUACGAUACAACCCAAUGUGAAAGCGAGGCACCUAAAGCUGUUGGUACAGCAACAGCGUUUACUCCUGUUGCAAUGGCUAUUAUCGCGAUUGGUAUGGUAUUGCAAGGUGUUGGGAAGUCUCCAAGGACGCCAUAUGUUUCUUAUUACGUUGAUGAAAAUGUCGAGAAAAGGAAAACAUCUAUGUAUCUUGGUAUAAUCAUUACCGUUGGUAUAUUUGGACCAGCACUGGCAUUUGGAUUAGGAGCAGUUUUUAGUAACAUAUACGUUACGUUAGAAGAUGUUGCUAUUACAACUAGGGACCCACGCUGGAUAGGGGCAUGGUGGUUAGGCUUCCUAAUAUUUGGAAUUAUUAGCAUAGUGAUAUCCUUGCCGUUGUUUUGUUUUCCAAGGAACUACCAAUCUAACAAAAAAAUAAUAAAAACUGAGCCAAAGAAAAAUAUUAAAUUUCUCAGUCAUAUAAAAGGAUUUGUAAGCACUGUACUACGUCUAUUUAGGAACGGGUGCUUCACCUUUUCGAUCCUUGGCAGUUGUUUACAAAUGUUCUUUGUUUCGGGUAUGAUUUCUUUCAUGCCAAAAUUUUUAGAAACACAGUUUACUAUACCCACUUGGCAUGCCAAUUUAUUAAUGGGUGGUUUAAACAUCUGCUCUGCUUCACUUGGGACAUUUAUUGGAGGAUACAUUGUAUACAAAUUUCGAAUGACCCCUUAUGCAUGCAUGAAACUAGCACUGAUUUUGACGGCCAUUACAGGGUUCACUCCACUACUAGGAUUUUUCGUUGGAUGCGAUAACCCAGAAAUUAUCGGAUAUAACACAAAAAGCAAUUCCAAUAUAACUACAUGCAUCGAAGACUGUCAUUGUAACAAAGAUACCUAUUUCCCUGUGUGUGGUUCGGACAACCGGAACUAUUUUUCGUAUUGUCACGCUGGGUGUAUGGAACACAAUUUAGAGGGAUACGCUGACUGUAAAUGCAUUGGAGAAGGCGCUACUGCUACACCAGGGCUUUGCAAACCAGAUUGUGAUAUGCUGUAUGUUUAUAUAUCACUGGUAUUUGUGUUUGCUUUGUUGCAGACAAUAGCUCUCAUGCCUGAAUAUAUAUUCGUGAUGAGAUGUGUUGAGGACAAAGAUAAAGCCAUGGCACUUGCAUUCAGAUCAUUGUUAGCCACAGUAUUGGGUUGGUUUCCGGGCCCCGUAAUAACAGGAAAAGUAGUGGAUACAUGUUGCCGAUUAUGGAAUACUAGUUGUGGUGGAACCGGCGCCUGUGCUUUGUACGAUUUAGUAGAUUUCAGAUACCGACGUCAUGCAUUAGAUUUGGGUAUCAAGUUGGUUGCGACUGUGUUCUCGUUCCUCGCUUUCAUGUGUGCCAGAAAUAGAGAGGACCUUAAACGGAAGCCAGUUAGUAAGUUUGAGAAAACAAUAAUACCAGAAGGAGAGGAGUUAAUGGAGAAAUCAACAGCUGAUGAACAUAGCUAUGGGAACAGAAAACUAUUAAAUGGUCAACCGACUUAAAUAUUUAUAAAGCAAUAUAACAUGCAAUUUAUACAUAUCUAAUAUACAGCAAUGCAAGAAUCCCAGUAAAAAGUAAAUGGAGCGUGCAAUAUCCCUAGGUAUUGCAAUAAUGCAAUAUUAAUUUGGUUGGGUAUCGUUAGUUAAACAUGGUGUUCUAGUCAAUUUAGAUGUUGUACAGUAAUAGCGCUAUUGUUCCUGAAAUACAAUAUUCUACUUUUUAGACUUUUUUUAUUUAUUACACAAGUUAUAUUUUCGGUAAAAUGUAAGCAGACUUUAGUGUGCAAUAACCACUUGUAACGCACGUAAAAAGUGUGCAAUAACCACUUGUAUCAAACGUUAAAUAAGUGCAAUAACCACUGAAAAGCAUGUAAAACAAUUCAAAUACUCUCAGCAACAUUUUGUCCUGCACUAAAAUAGUAAAUGGACAACAAUUGCAUAAUACGGUCCGUCGUAUAAUUUAAUUUUACAAUAACCAAAUAUUAUAUGUUAUUCAGGUCUCAUACGGUAUUUAAUGUGACAUUCCCGUCUUAGGGUUUAUACUCUCUGAUCCAAAGUUGAGCUGAAUAUAAACACCUAAGCCGGGGAAUCUCGCAUUAACUUCCCUGUUUGGAACCUGAAUUACACAAUAAUUAUUGAUUAUCCCUGCUUUAGUGUAUUUUCCAGUACUAGGUAUGUAUUGAACAUCCAUCAUGCACUAUAGAUAUUUAAUACACGACAUUCAUAUUUCUGCAUAUUUUGUGUACUUCUCUUCAGUGCAAUUUUGUCAUGUAGAACAUAUUUUUUUACGUUAUAAAUAUUUUUGCAAUGAA